AUGUCGCUCUGUCGGCUUGCGUUAAAUCUCAAUCGUCAACUUUUUAAUAAUGCAUUUGCAAUUUCUGCGGCUAGUAGAUACUAUAGUUCUAUUCCAUUGAAACCUACCCAGGUUAUAUUUCCGGAAAAAAGAAUUCUUGCGAGCCCUCAGCCAAAGUACUUCUUUAUCGCUCGAUCUUUUUCAUCUUUGCCAACUCAUGUACUUAUUAAGCUGCCAAGCCUGUCUCCUACAAUGGAGACUGGUAAUGUAGUCAGCUGGGCGAAAAAUGAAGGUGACCAGGUUGUGGAAGGUGACCUUCUGGCAGAAAUCGAGACCGAUAAAGCCACCAUGUCAAUGGAUUCCAGCAAUGAGGGCUAUAUCGCCAAAAUUUUGGUCCCUGCUGGCACAAGAGAUCUACCCAUCGGAACGCCACUGGUUAUCAUUGUUGAAGAUGAGGCAUCAGUUGCUGCUUUUAACAAUUAUGAUGCUGCUUCUGGUACUGUACCUGCCGCUGAAGCAGCAUCGUCACCACCACCUCUUGUUGAACCGGAAAAAGAAAAGGAGACCCAAGCCCCUUCGACAUCCCCCAAAAUCACUCCUCCACCUGUUAUCACUCAUCAAGAAUCAGGUUCCGUGUGUAAUCGUCUCUUCAUCUCUCCUCUGGCUCGUCGUUUGGCCAAAGAGCGUGGAAUUGAUCUCUCCUCUCUGAAGGUAGCUGGUGGCAGUGGCCCACUGGGUUCCUUCGUUGCGGCUGAUAUACCUGCUGCUGCUGGCAAUUCACCCCCCGCUGCUGCACCCAAAAAGAAGAAGGCUGCUAGGCCUCCACCACCUCCCGGCUCCAGUGGUGACCAUUCACCCUUCUUAGAUACCCCAGUGCCAUUUAUAAGAGAGGUGAUUGCAAAGCGCCUGACCGAAGCCAAACAGUCCAUACCCCACUACUACCUCACAGUAGACAUUGAACUCGACGCAGUGAUGAAGAUGCGAGAGGAGAUGAAUGCUACCCUAGCCAAGCAGGCAGCCCCUGGCACUAAGCCCCGUAAAAUCUCCGUCAAUGACAUUGUCAUCAAAGCCAUGGCUCUUGCCAACAAAGCCGUCCCCGACUGUAAUUCUAGCUGGAUGGGUGACUUCAUUCGACGAUAUGAAAAUGUUGACGUGAGUGUUGCUGUAGCAACUCCGGACGGUCUCAUCACUCCCAUAAUUUUUAAUGCCGAUGCAAAGAGCCUUUCAACAAUUAACCAAGAGGUUCGUAACUUGGCAGAAAGGGCGAAGGAGAACAAACUAAAGCCCACCGAAUUCAUGGGAGGUACGAUCACAGUCUCUAACUUAGGAAUGUUCGGCAUUUCCUCCUUCAGUGCCAUCAUCAAUCCACCGCAGGCCUGCAUUCUCUCCGUUGGAGGUUCCCAGAAGGUUCUUGUUCCUGAUGGAGACAAGGGAUUCAAGACGGUGACAAAGAUGUCGGUGACUUUGUGCUGUGACCACCGUGUUGUAGACGGUGCUGUAGGGGCAACUUGGUUAAAAGAAUUCAAACAACUGCUUGAGUCACCCUCCCAAAUGACCUUGUAG